AUGGUGAAGAAUGUGCCCGUAAAGUGCGGGCAGCGCCGGCUACUCCGACAAUUUCUGGCUGCCGGGUUUCAGGGCAAGCUGGACUUUAUCUACUUGCCGAUGGACCCAAGAAGUCGAUCCAGUCGUGGUUUUGCUUUUGUGAACCUGACCACGGUCGAGUCUGCACACCGCUUCUACCGUAUCUUUCACGGGAACUUUCUUAAGAACUAUCCGUCCGAGACACCGUUGGAGGUUGCCGUUGCAGAGAUUCAAGGCUUUGACGCCAAUGCAGAGCACUACCUGCUAGUGAAGGCAAGCCGUAAAGGCAAGGGCCGAGAUGUGUUCGGCUGCCCGACAUUCCUGCGACCAUUACAAAGGCAUCUGGUCAACCACCUGCGGACGUUGGAGGAGCCCAAGAAGCCCAAGAGCAAGAGCUCACAGCACGAGGAGGCGAGCCAGGAUGGGCCUGAGGGCCACGACAUUUCCUGGCCGCCCAUGCGGGAUCUGCGAGAUGCCGCGUUGCAGUAUCCCAUCCAGCAGCCUGUCGCGAAUCUGCUGGUUGAGCCGCCACACAGUGCACCCAUGCGGCCGGAAGCAGGCGCGGUCCCUAUGAGGGUGCCUAUGGCCUACCCACACAGACCUGAGCAGCUGCUGCCACGGCAACCUGCAGCUAUCCUUUCCCCUCAGGUUGCUGGUUACCAAGUACACGACCCGUCGCACUGUUGGAAUUGCGGCCGUCUGAUUACGGGCAAUCAUUCAUUUUGCCCUUUCUGCGGUGAAGCGCAACUUCCCGCGACGUCAAGCCCAAGCCCCGGACAGUCUUUCUGGAUUUGA